AAAAGAAAAGAAAGAGUAGAGAGAUAAUGAUGGUCACGUCCCACAUUCUUCAACCCCUUUGCUUCAGUCCAACUCCACCACUCCAAAUGUCCCUGUGAAAAUUUUCUGUCUUUCUUUGUCAAGAAUCUUUUUUAGUAUUUGUUUUUUCUUCUUUCCCAGAUCAACAAGAAAACCCUUUUACUUUCGCUUUUUUAUAAUUCAAGAAAGGCCGUUUUCAUUGCCAGCCAUGACUGAGGUCCUCAACCCCAACCAUUCUCCAUCACAUUUCUCUGCCUCUUCUUCUUCUUCUCCUUCUCCUUCUCCUUCUCCUUCCUCUGCUUCCUUAUCCAGCGCACACGUUCAGAAUGAGGACGACAACCGCUGUGAAUGUGAAUGUGAAUGUGGGUCGCCAUCUUCGUCGGUAGCCGAGGUCGGGGAUAAUACGGUGACGGGCUGUGAGGAAGAGGAGGAGGGUGACCGGCAGAGAAGGGAUCAGCUGUCUUUGCUAGCAUUGCUGGUGGCCCUUUUCAGGAGAUCUUUGGUUGCUUGCAAGAGUGCUGACAGGAGGGAGCUCUGUGCAAUGGAGAUCGGGUUGCCGACUAAUGUGCGCCAUGUGGCGCAUGUUACCUUUGAUAGGUUCAAUGGGUUCUUGGGAUUGCCUGUGGAGUUUGAACCUGAGGUGCCCAGGAGGCCUCCCAGUGCAAGUACUACCGUCUUUGGAGUUUCCACGGAAUCCAUGCAGUUGUCUUUUGACUCAAGAGGGAAUAGUGUGCCAACGAUUCUCUUGCUAAUGCAGAGAAACUUGUAUGCUCUAGGAGGCCUGCAGGCAGAAGGAAUUUUCAGAAUUGCUGCAGAUAACAGCCAAGAGGAGUAUGUCAGGGAGCAAUUGAAUGGGGGAGUGGUACCAGGAGGGAUUGAUGUACACUGUUUGGCAGGCCUUAUCAAGGCUUGGUUUAGGGAACUCCCAAGUGGGGUUCUGGAUUCUCUAUCACCUGAGCAGGUAAUGCGAUGCCAGACAGAAGAGGAUUAUGCUGAGCUUGUGAAGCUUCUACCCCCAACUGAAUAUGCUCUACUAGAUUGGGCCAUCAACCUCAUGGCUGAUGUUGUCCAACAGGAACAUCUGAACAAGAUGGACGCACGAAACAUUGCUAUGGUUUUUGCACCAAACAUGACUCAGAUGGCAGAUCCUCUGACUGCCUUGAUGUAUGCAGUCCAAGUGAUGAACUUCCUCAAGACCCUAAUCUUAAAAACGUUGCGAGAAAGAAAAGAGUCUGCCGUGGAGACUUCUUCAACUAGCCGUUUAGAGCCUUCUGAUGAGAAUGGCCACCAGAGCCCUUCACAAACCUGCCUGGAAGAUAGUACCCGAGAGAAUGAAGAGAGAGAGCAAAACCAUAACUUAAUUGAUGGAGAAGCUAGCAGUUUAUUGACUAGUGACAAAAUAAAUCCUGACAAGGAUAGUUGUUGUGAGACUCUAGUUCAAGUUGACCCUUCUUCCAUUAACAAAACAGAAGCUGGUGAAAUCAAUGGUGCAAUAGGUGGAGGUCAAGGUAAUUCUGGAAAGGGCAAGGCUGGUCAACCAAGUAAUUCAAAUUGCAAAAAGGGGCCAACGAAAAAAUGCGGUCAGCAACCUGUAGUUCCGGCAACGGCGCCUGUCGAGAAAACUAGAGGAAUCAGCAAUCUGAGUCGCAUUGAUUCAAUUUCAGAGCGUAUCGAAGCCUGGAGGUGAAGGGAGCUCAACAGCAGUUGAUCUCCAGGUGAUUAUAUUACUAUGUUCUAAAGUGUAAGUUUGUUUGAUUUGGAAGUUGAGGGAAAGUAUGUGAAUUGUUCAUGUAUGUUGUCUGUGUUGCUGGGUGAUUUGCUUAACCUGUUCUGAUUUCAUGGAGACUUCCAUAGGAUCAUACUAACAUUGUAUUGGAGUUUCAUUGAUGUGUUUCUUGUGUUUGUUUUCCAA